CAUGACACAUUAUUAUACACUUUUGUCAAACAGAAUAAACCAAAGCCAGAAAAAUGGCACCAAAAUCAGCAACGUAAAGCAAAAUAAUAUAAUAAGCUCUGUGAUACCCAGCAAAAUGUAAGUCAGAUAAGCACUUUAUCCUAGUUUCGAUUAAAUUCGAAUUUUUAAAUAUUAUGCAUCUCGAAAACUUGGCGAAUGAACAUUGCGAUGUUGGUUCUAUGUUCAAAGCCAUUGAUAAAGAAACUCAAACUAAACAGGUAAAGGAUACUAAAUGCUCAGAGAAAAAUUUUAAAUUACCGCUUCCAAGAGAACUAGAGAAAAAGGAUGAUGAGGAAGGAACAUUAAAAGUAUUUUCAUUUUGUCAAAUUAUACAGGACCCCGAAAAACCAACAUCUGUUACGAUAGUCAAAGAAUCUCUCACUGAAGAAGCCCACCCACACAAGAACCAUCUAAAUGAAGACACUUCCUCAAAUAAAUACAGGUAUUGCAAAGAAGUUAUAAAACCAUAUUUACAACCUUACGCACCAGAUUGUCCGAAUUCUGCACAAUUUCUUAUCAACGAUGCAAUAAAAGCUGCUAAGGAAGAGUUUCCUGAAAACCCACCUUGCUACGAAGUGCCUUCACCGGACAAAAAAGACGGCCAACGACCGCCACCUAAAGAAUGCUCGAACAACUGUUCUUCUGAUUUAGACGAAUCUGAUCCUUGUGCACAAGAAGAUAGCUGUGACGUUGAACCACCACCAAAGGCUCCUAAGAAAUGUUGUGAUUGUUCAAAAAAAGACAAAGACAAGAAGAAAGAAAAGAACUCAGGCCCUAAACCAAAUUUUAGACUGUGUCCAGGUCAACCACAACCAAAAAUUUGCGUAGAAAUAACAGAUCCUAGUUUAUGUCCAGGUUGUCCUAAGGCUAAAGAUGGGAAAAAAGCUGAGGAUAAGUGUUGUUGUGUGUGCCUAAUAGGUAAAGAAGAUCAAUCUAAUAAUUCAGACUGGCCAGCAGGUAUAGAAUCAAAUUGCUGCAAUAAAUCCGGAAGUGAUGAUAGUUGUAUAACAAAAUUAUUUAAUAAGGUAAAAACUGUAUCCGAAGCUUGUUUAAAAAAAGUGAAGCCUUCAGACGGUAAUCAACCGUGUUGUUGUGAGAAACCUCCUAGUCCCCCUCCUUCCCCUGCCCCUGACUCAUCGUGUUGUUGUAAACCAAAAGCUUCUCCUUCCCCCCCUCCUCCUCCUGCCUCUUCCUCAUCGUGUUGUUGUAAACCAAAAGCUUCUCCCCCUCCUCCUCCUGCCUCUUCCUCAUCGUGUUGUUGUAAACCAAAAGCUUCUCCUCCUAAGUCUAAGCCGUGCCCUCCUAAGCCGUGUCCUCCUAAGCCGUGUCCUCCUAAGCCGGAGCCGAAGCAGUGUCCCCCUCCAUCUCCGUGCCCGCCGGAGCCAAAACCGUGUCCUCCUAAACAGUGUCCUCCUCCUAAAAAAAAGUGCCCUCCUGAGCCGAAGCAGUGUCCCCCUCCAUCUCCUUGCCCACCGGAGCCAAAACCGUGUGCUCCUAAGCCGUGUCCGGCUAAAAAGCUUGCAUCUUCAUCUUCUUCUUCUUGUCCACCGUCGAAAAAAUCUUCAUCUUCUUGUUCUCCUAAGACUUGUCCAGCUAAGAAGUCUUCCGCCACAUCUUCUUGCCCACCACCGCAGCCAAAACCGUGUUCUCCUAACACUUGCCCUGCUAAGAAGUCUUCCGCCUCAUCUUCUUGCCCACCACCGGAGCCAAAACCGUGUUCUCCUAAGACUUGUCCUGCUAAAAAGUCUUCUGCCACAUCUUCUUGCCCACCAGCGGAGCCAAAACCGUGUUCUCCUAACACUUGUCCUAAUAAGAAGUCUUCCACCACAUCUUCUUGCCCUCCGCCACCAAAACAGUGCUCUCCUCAGCCGUGUCCUGCCAAGCAGUGUCCUCCUCAACCGUGUCCUAGGCCGUGUCCUCCAGAGCCGAGCUCUCAAAAGCAGUGUCCUGCUCACCAGUGUCCUGUUGAGGAGUGUCCUGCUAAGCAGAGUGCAUCUAGACCUUGCCCUCCUACGCCGUGUUCUACUAAAAUAUCGGGAAUGGAUGACAAACCAAGUGAGAACCCACCAAGCAAAUACAAACCGUGUCCUACCGAAAUUCCUGCUAAAGAAUCAAAAUGUUCUGAGACCGACUCUGAAAAUAAGACAUCUUCCCCUAAAAAGAACAACGACACAAGUUCUGACUUAAAAUUCAGUCCCAAAGGCCCAUGCAGUGAUGGAAUAGCAAGUCAGCUAGUACAAGUAGAAAAUGCAAAAGAUUGCUAUAAACCACGUGUGACCAAUGCCGGUGGUGGGGGCUGCUCCUGUGGGAAUGAUGACAAAUCAAAACGUAGACAGACUUUUAAAAAACCAGCAAACUGUAACCCGAAAGGAAGUGGUUCUUUGCUCGGUAAAGAAACAAUGGACGCACAUAAUAUAACUAUAAAUACCCUCAAAUGUGCAAUGAAAGAUUUAAUGUGCACAGUUUUUAGAACUACACAAGACGCUGUUUCUGUUAUAUCUACCGAAAGUUCUAAACAGUUGGAAAAGCUGAAAAAAUCAGCCUCGAAUGCGUUUUCGUCGAGCGACUGUCCACCGCCAAAGAAAGUAAGCGACGAACCAGAUAAUGCAACUAGCAACAGUAAUCUGAGGCGAUUCAGCGUCAUUAACCUAAACAACUUUCCAGAACAAAUAAAUUUACCACCAUGCAAACCGCCAGAACCUUUUCCCAGCACCGCAAGCGGGUAUUUAGGAGCAGCACUCGAAAAAGUCAACUCUGUUGCAUCAAUGAUCAGCAGGUCACUCAUUUUUGAGAUACCACCACAAAUUAAACGAAGUUAUAAUGAUGAUAGUUCUGAGUAUGACGUUCCGAAACCAACUAAACCAAGAGAUGUGGAAAAUAUAAUUAUAAAUCCUCUUGAGGUUAAUGUUUUCACAACAAUCAAGGAUAAAAUCUGGUCUAUAUUCGGUGAAGAUGAUAAGCAAGAAAGAGAAAUUCGAUCCACUUCGUCCUACUCUGGAUCUUUAAGCUCUGAGAGUGAUGAGGAUCUUAUAAAUAAGAUUAUCGAUUAAAUAAAUCUUUCGUGUUGCUA